CUGUGCAUAAAUUCGAGCUUUUUCGUGGACGACACGAUCCGAGUCUGCCGCUCCUCUCUGUUUCUCUCUCUCUCUAUCUCUAUCUCUAUCUCUCACUACCUUUAUCUUUCUUCAUAGCCCUUUUUUUUCUUUUUGUUUUUCUCAUAUUUCAAACCCCAUGGAAAUGGAGGAUCAGUAUGGCAUGCCCGAUCUCAGGCAGCUCAUGAACGGUAGGACCCAUUUGCCGACCAUCCCACAACCGCCGCCAGAGCUCUUCUCUUCCCACCACCGAAACUUCCCGCCCAGCCACCACUACGACAUGAUGAUGGUGGGUCGUCAAGUAGGGGCUGAGAUGGUUCCCCGUGCGCUUCAUGAUUUCCGCUCUGAUUCUGCUUCCACUGCCGCCACUACUCCCACCAUUACUCUCACCACUUCUGCUUCCACUCCUUCUCUCAGUGGCUUUGAGGCCGACACUGGCUGCUUAGGACCCGACGGCGGCACCGGAAGAUGGCCCAGACAAGAGACUCUCACUCUUCUUGAGGUCAGAUCUCGCCUUGAUCCUAAGUUCAAAGAGGCUAAUCAAAAGGGUCCCUUGUGGGAUGAAGUUUCCAGGAUCAUGUCUGAGGAACAUGGGUACCAAAGAAGUGGAAAGAAAUGCAGGGAGAAGUUUGAAAACUUGUAUAAAUAUUACAAGAAAACAAAGGAAGGUAAGGCUGGAAGACAAGAUGGUAAGCAUUACAGGUUCUUUCGACAACUCGAAGCCCUCUAUGGAGAAACCAGCAAUGCGACUUCAGUGAUCCCAGAAACUCAUUUUCCUGGAAACAGUCUACGAUUUCAUACCACCACUCAAGCAAACCAAGAGGGCUUUCAAUCUCAAAAGCAUUGUGAUAGCCUAAGCCUCUCUAAUUCCUCUGACUACGACACCUCUUCCUCCGACGACAACAAUCAUAGCACCGGGGCGGCGCUGGCGGGGCCGGAGAAUGAUUCGAUAGAGAAGAUGAGGAGGAGGAGAAAAGGUGGAAGAAGCUGGAAGGCGAAGAUAAAGGAGUUCAUCGAUUCUCAGAUGAGGAAGUUAAUGGAGAAACAAGAGGCAUGGUUGGAGAAGCUGAUGAAAGGCCUCGAACAGAAGGAACAAGAGAGGACGAUAAGAGAGGAAGAAUGGAGGAAGCAAGAGGCAGCCAGGAUAGAGAGGGAGCACAAAUUUUGGGCUAAAGAGCGUGCUUGGAUUGAAGCUAGAGAUUCUGCUUUAAUGGAGGCUUUGCAAAAGCUAACCGGGAGCGAAAUUAUAAAGGCUCCGGAAAUUCAAAACCACAGCGAAAACCAGAAUGAGGAUGGAAGUGAAAUACUAAAUAAUGGCGUGAAAGGUGACCAAAGCUGGCCUGAGUCUGAGAUUACGAGGCUAAUACAAUUGAGAACAUCCUUGGAUUUAAGAUUCCGGCAAAGCGGGUGUUCGGAGGAGGUUCUGUGGGAGGAAAUAGCAGGAAAAAUGGCUUGUUUGGGGUACGAUAGAAGUGCUUUGAUGUACAAAGACAAAUGGGAGAGCAUUAACAAUUAUCCGAGAAAGACUAAUAACAAGAAGAGAAAGGAGAAUUCAAGAAGCUGCGGUUACUUUCAGAAUAGUCACGAUCACCAUCAGUCGUCCUCCCUCUACAACCAUGCCGGAGGAGGAGGCGGCUACUGCGAAAUCGGCGAUCCGGAGCCGGAGACGGUAAGACUACAAGGGAAUGAUGGUACUUCUUCCCCUUCCAAUUCCAAUGCCGGAAACUCUGUGCACGACAGCUGCGCGUUUCCCUUCUUGAUGGGUGAUGGGGAGAACUUGUGGGAAAAUUAUGGUCUAAAACUCAACAAAGGCGAUCACAACGGCUAGUCGUUUGUUAAGUUGUUGUAAUCAGAAGGGGGAGAGGAACUUUGGUGGGCGGGAAUGGUAGUUGACUCGUUUAAAGAGGUAAGAGAUUUGAAAUUAAUUAAUGCCGGCCUCUUGGUAAAAAUAUUGGAUUUUACGAUAUGUAAGGAAAGAACUGACUGAGGAUAUUUAUGUAUAGGUAUUAGAAUUUAGGAUAAUAUUUGAGAUUAAAAUAAUGGGUUUGUGUUUUAAUUAUCAGUUUAUUGAGUAACUGAGGUUGCGAUAUUGCUCAAAGUGUUGAGUAAUUAUCAUCGAUCAAAACGUUUCUGUAAGUUUUCCUUUUUUGUGCUAAAUUUCCCCUUUUUAUGGUGU